AUGGCUCUCGGCGUCACGGCCUUUUCGCGUGGCGAGAGCAUGCACAGCAGCCACGGCAGCCACGGCAGCCACAGCAAGAGCCCCAGCUCUGGCAGGUACGAAGCCCCCGACAUCGACUACAUGGAGCCUGCCGUCGACGGUCCUCCCUCGCCCGAGCGUCUACGCCAGCUCAGCAAGCAGAUGAAGCGGGCAUCGCACCUGAACCGGCCCCGUAUCGAGCGGAAGGAGUCGCACGACUCGUCUACGAGCACCUCGCUCAGCCAGAACAUGUGGGAUCAGUCCACCGACAGCACCUCGCUCAGCCGCCGUUCCUCGAGCCGCUCCUCCCCUAACAAUGACCGCUCAGAGAGGGAGAGCGUGCAGAUGCUGGGGCGUAACCUGUUUCAGCGCAAGAAGGCCAAUCGCGCCAGCAGCUCGCAAAGCUCCUCCAAUAGUUCCAUGUACUCUUUUGAAACGCCGCCGGAGCUCCCUGCCAAGGAUAAGGACUCUCUCCUCCCAUCACUGUUCACCCGCCGCAAGGCGUCGCGAGAUGACUCCUCCCAACCGCGUGUGCAGAUCUCGGGCCCCUUCAACUUCCAGCAUGUGGCGCACACCCGACGCGAUAGCAUGACUGAUCCCCAGCGGGAUUCAAUCUACGAUAUGGGACCGAUGCAGCCUGAUGCCAGGGCGCCUCACGGGCUCGCCCCCCAGAACCUGCACCACCCCAGCCAUUCAGUUGACUCGAUUGACAGUGACUUCAACAGCAUGUCUCUGGGAGGACCCGCCUCGCACAUGUCCAUGGUACAGGGCCACGCGGUGUCGGCCUUUGGCCCCCACGGAACCGUGAGGCCGAGCAAGUCGCAGGAUUUUCUUCGUUCCAGCCCACCGUGCUCCAUGUCAAACAACUCGCCGCCCGUGCCGCCGCCGAGGAUGUCGAGUCGUCACUCGGCAGUGCCGGAUUCGCUCGACGUUUUCCCGUCCCUGGAUCGCCCUCGGACGAGUGGGGGGUUCCGACAGCCUCAACCUUUCGACCCUUGGGAGACGGAUUUCCCGCCUGCUACCUCUCAGGAGCUUCUGCCCCCCGUCGACAUGGAUGCUUUCUCCAACGACGAGAGGCGCUUCUCACACGCCGUCACCACGACCGACGACACCGCGUGGCCGCUGUCCUGCUCCACCAUCUCACCGUCGCGUUUCGAGGCGCCCCUGCCGGAUGUGCCCGAGGAGGAAGAGCAUGCGGUGACGGGCCGGCGAUCCCGCAUGAGCAUCACCAGCACCCGUUCUUCGCUGCGGGGCAGCCAGUCUGUCCCGGCGCUGCGAUCGUACCUGCACUCUCCGCGCCCCGCCAGCGAAGCCUCGGAUACGCUCGGGCCCUCUGAGACGGACGCGAGGGACGCGCUGUUUGGGGAUGAGUCGCCAUCGACCGAGACGGGCUUCAGCCAAGACAACUGGGAGGAUGACAUUGACUACUGCUACGAGCACGAGGCAGAUGCCAAUUUCGACUACCAAUGGGAGCGCCCGUCUCUGGAUGGCAAGCGGGAGGAGGUCCGGGAGCGCUUCAACGGUGGUCAGCUUUCUAUCAUCACCAGCCCUGACAGCAGCUUUGCCAUGUCACCCAACAUGGAAUCCGAUGUUUCGCCCACUCAGUGCUACCCGCCGUCCAUCAACAGCUACCUCGGCCCGUCCAGCAACUUUUCUCUCCCGCGCGGUGAGAGGGCUGCCGCCGGCCCUCCGGAGAGCAUCCGUCCCAUCUCGUAUGCGUCGAGCUUCAGGGAGUCUCAGGGGUUCAACCUGUCGCCGUCGCUGCUCAUUCCCGGCGACUUCCACCAGCAGAUGCUGGCGGACCGUGUCGAGGGGCAGGAUGGCCCCGUCGAGAUGGCGGGGAGCCCGCUUCGGGACGAGAUGUCGAUCGCGGAGGGCAGGUCGCCCAUGUCGUACCAGCGCUCGAGCACGUCGACGAUGGGAACCAACUCGACUUCGCACACGGACUUUACGGGCGAGCGCCACGCGUCUGCCAACUCUGCGCUGACUGCCAUGACCCGCCUGACGGUGAGCAGCAGCAGCACGUCGCUCAACAAGAUCGUGCUAGAGUCGGUGGCUACCGGAUCGCUGUCGGAUGCGGGAGAUGCCGAGAGUGAGGACGACAGUGUCUCGAGCCCCCAGGACACGGUUCCGGAGCUUACGGCCUUCCCGGUGCCUAGCUUUGCCAAGAAGGGCUUCCACCGUUCUCACGCGAGCGAGUCGAUUGUACGGGCCGAGGCGAUAGCGCAGGCUGGUGCUCAGGACCCCGCUAGGCUCCGCCGACCGCGUGCCCGCACGUCGAGUCUGUCGGCGCAGGUCGCUCCCCCCGUCGGGCAGUACACCCUCUUUCCCAAGUCUCCGAUCAAGGGAAUGGGGGGCCACAUCUAG